AUGGAAAAAGUCUUAGAUUCGUCUCAGCAACGGCUAGAAAAUCAAGAAUCAAAUGCACCACCAGCAAAAAUACCAAAGAAAAAUUACCCAAAAAUUUUGGAUGGGAAAUUUUUCAACUUGAUGUCUGAUAAGGAUGGGAGUCUCACCGUUGAAUGCACACUUUGCAAUGCAAUUGUUCAAGGAACUACUUCGAGUACGGGAAAUUUCCACAGCCACUAUAAAAGAAAACAUAAGGAUAAAGUAAAUAAGCUCAAAGAGCACCUCAAAUCCGUUGUAGUGCUAACCAAACAAAGUUCUCAACCAACAUUAAAUGAUGCUUUAAACACAUUAACAUCGGACAAGACCGCAUCAUUGAUAUUGAACUUCAUUGUUAAUGAAAAUCUGGCAUUCAACGUGGCACAAUCGAAAACGCUCCAUGAGUUGUUGGAAGGUAUCAGUGGAAGAAAAAUAAAAAUGCCAAAACGCCACUCGUUCAUGACUUGUUUAGACAAAGAAUUCAAUAAAGUUAAAGAUACACUUCGCAGUAAAUUGAAAGAGCAGAAGUAUGUUUGCGUGACGGCUGACGUUUGGUCAUCGAGAGCCCAAAGCUUUUUAGGAGUGACCGUUCAUUAUAUUAACAAGGACUUUUGUCGAGAAUCAUACGUCCUCGCAUUUAAAAAUCUUCAACAACGACAAACAUACAAAGAGCUAGGUACAGCAUUAGAUGAAAUAUUCAAUGAAUAUGGACUGAAAAAGUCUCAAAUCACGAACAUCGUAACAGACGGCGGCAGCUCAUUUGCUAAAAUGUUCAAGAUGUAUGGAAGCAGCAUUGAUGUGGUUGUCUCAACUUACGAUGAUGAUAAUGAAGAGCUGGAUUAUGAAGAAAAAGACCCAGCAGAGGAUUUGCGCGAUGAAGCCGAGAGCAAUGACAUCGUAACUCAAUUUAUGGAAGAUGCCAAUGGUGACUACUUUGUCAAUGAAAUUAUUAAUUUCAAUGAAGCGAGAGAUGAAGACAUGGUACAAAAUAAUUACAACGAGAAUGGCCAAGACGACACUGAUAUCAAUGAUGUCUAUUUUGAUGGAAUUGGACGCUUAAAUUAUAUUUGCUUUUUGAUUGGCGAUGAGAAAGUUGAGUGA